CAAUACCAAAGAUGGUGGACGCCAUUCUUCUUUGAUUGAGGCAAGAAUGGGAAAAUGUUGGAAUAUAGCUGGUGACCUCACAAGGGAUUCCACUGUUCUGGUGACAGGAAGAAGAUCUGGUGUUGUUUCUGACCCUGGAAUAACUUGUCUUGGCCGGAGACUCGCAAAGCAGCACCUACCUAAAGUUCCCAGUGUGGAGGGAGAUAUAGGAGACCUGUGAAUACACAGGAGAGAGACACCUCACACUAGUGACAGCUCCGUUCAAUAACAAGUUGUUAUUUUAAUUGUAUUAUUUAGAAAGAAACAUUCUAACUGCUGAGACAAAAUGAGUUCUGAGAAGGAAACGUUGAUGGAUGAAAUCGAAAAGAGUUUAUGGAAUUUAACUGAGGACAAUUUACGUUACCUGUGUGAACGUCAUGGUCAAGAUGGCAAAGACGGCUCCGAAAUUAAAGGAAUGAAUCAUCGCUUAUUACGGCGUAAAAUCAUGGAGGAAAUGUGGGACAAUACGGAUUCAAUGAAAUCAGAGGAGCAGGGAAUGUCUUGGUUACUCCAACUGAAAGAGGACAUCAGGAGGAUACUGGAGGAUGCUAGCGGUGCACUAAUGAGUCCCAGCCAAGCCGAUGAUGCUGAAGACUGCGACGAAGAAUGGAACGAAGAGGGAGGAGUUAGGUUGCCUAGCAACAGACUGGAGGCGGAGUCAUCUCCAGAGAGGCACACCCCAGAGCAGAGGGAGAGUGGUGUGAGUACUUCCCAGUCAGAAAGUGUAUUUCGCAAACCACACUUGUGCUCUACAUGCGGUAAGGGAUUCAAAAUGUCCGGCUGUCUUAAGAGACACCUGAGAACUCAUACUGGGGAGAAACCGUACGUCUGCCCUCGUUGUGGGAAGGCUUGGAGUGAUUCUGGAAACUUAAGGAGACACAUGAGAAAAACUCACCCAGGAGAAGAGAUGGUUGUUAAGAGGCUCGCCAAUCAGAGGAGCAACCCUACAGGAAAUGUGGAGGAAAUUAAUGUGGAUUCAAUGAAAUGGGAGGAGCAGGGAACGUCUUGGUCACUCCAACCGAAAGAGGACAUUAGAGGGAUACAGGAGGAUGGUAGCGGUGCACCCGUGAGUCCCAGCCAGGCUGAUGAUGAUGAUGUGGACUGCAACGUUGAGGACAGGGAUUGGUUGCCUAGCAUCGGACUGAAGGCGGAGCCCAUGAGUCCCAGCCAAUCCGAUGAUGGUGAUGACGCUGCAGACUGCAAAGAAGAAUGGAACGAAGAGGGAGGCGCUAGUUUGCCUAGCAACAGAUUGGAGGCGGAGUCAGCUCCAGAGAGGCACACAGCAGAAAAGAGGGAGAGUGGCGACAAGCCUCCCCGGCCCCCCUCCAGCCUCCCAGAGUCCCCGGGUCCUGCCUCUCCCGGUAGUGCCUUACUGUGGGGUCUGAAGAGGGUGUCUGUGCGGCUGGUCGACUGCAGGAAAACACCGGGGCAGAGUGGCCAUAUAAUACACAAGACAACACAGACAGGAGAGAAACCCCACAGCUCGUCUAAUGCUGGACAACACAAGACCCUCUCAGGAGACAGGCUUAGCUCCCAUAUCUGUGAUCACUGUGGGAAGAAUUUUGUCACAGCAACCAAUCUGAAAACACAUUUACUGUAUCUGACUGGAGAGAAACCACACGUGUGCUCUGAAUGCGGAAAGAGAUUCACACAGGCCGGCUGUCUUAAGAGACACCAGAGAACUCAUACGGGGGAGAAACCGUACGUCUGCCCUUGUUGUGGGAAGGCUUGGAGUGAUUCUGGAAACUUAAAGAGACACAUGAGAAGUCAUACUGUUAAACAACACACAGUUAAACCUCACCACUGCUUGGAUUGUGGGAAGCAAUUCAUUGUAAAAUCAAGCCUUAAACAUCACCGGCUGGUUUUUCAUACAGACCACCCUCACCGCUGUGGUCAAUGUAAGAAGAGCUUCAUAACUGCAGAAAGACUGGAAUCACACAUAAAGACACAACACCCGCCAAAUGAUCCUCUGAAGAACCCACAUGUGUGCUCUGAAUGUGGAAAGGGAUUCCAUCAGGCCGGCUGUCUUAAGAGACACCUGAGAACUCAUACAGGGGAGAAACCCUACAUCUGCCCUCUUUGUGGGAAGGCUUGGAGUGAUUCUGGAAACUUAAGGAGACACAUGAAAAGAACUCACCCACCACACAAUCAGAUAAUCCCUAAUCCCUACCCACAUCAGACUCAAUUGUAACCUGGUUUAAAACCUGUCCAAUCCCUUAUAGAUCUGUUUACUACUUCAAGGAAAGAAGAUGGGAAGGAUGUGUUUUUUUUAGGGGGGUAUAAUUGAUGUUUUUAAUUGAGACAGGUUAGAAGUAGAGGGGGAGACAGAUGAGGAGGGGAGACAGUGAAGAGUUGAUGCAGGGAUUGAACCCUGGUCUCCAGUGGGGAGGCUGAGGCGUACAUAGAGCAUCCAGCUGUGUUACCACAAGACCACAGGCUAUGCACAGAAGGGAACAUGUCUAAAGUAUUGGAACACUGCCCAACUAGCACCCUAUGCUCUAUAUAGUGCACUACUUUUGACCUUGCACGGCCCAAUGGCGUGCACUCUACAGGGAACGGGGUGCCUUUUGGGACUCAGCACAUCCCAAACCCCUACCUACCACGUACCCUUGCUUGGCCCUCACUAGGGCUGUGGCGGUCAUGACAUUUUGUCAGCAGGUGAUUGUCAAGCAAAUAACUGCCGGUCUCAU